AUGUCUUCUGCUUGUAUUGCAACACCUACGAAACGUUCGUCUUGCACUGCUUCUCCAUCUAAGAGAAAUGCUCGUCGCUGUCUUUUCGGUCGUUCUGACCCAAUUGCGACAAAUAAAUGGCUCAGUGAUAAGCUGAAAGAAGCUUUAAUGAACGCUCAAGAAAAGUAUGGAUAUGACUUCGUUCAAGAUUGUCCUCUACCUGGGACAUCAGACUACGAUUAUAUUGCAAUCAUUGAUAGUAGCGCUCCUGAAUUCUAUCGCAAUAAGUUCAUCAAUUCAUCUACAACCAGCAGUCCAUCAAAGGAAAACAGCUUCCUUAACACUUCUACGGGAUCAUCAAUCUCUUCUGCUGAUGAAAGCGAUUUAAGUAUGGACUUCACCUUAUCUCCCAUUGAGCCAUCCAAAAGAACUUGUGCCACUCCUAAGAAACGUCAAGGAAAAGUAACUGAUAUGUUCCAAGUUCAAAGAAAGAAGCGUCUUCAACGAUCUCCUAAAUCAUUAGAUAUCGUUUUACCUUCUCGCCGCUCAUACGACGCUCGCGUCUAA